AUGGCGAGAAGCACACGCAGCUCGUUCUGGCUGGGCCUCUCGGCGCUCUUCUAUUUGGGGCUCCUGUUUGCGCCGUUGGCGUUGGUGGGAAAGGUUAAUGCCGAGGGCGAGCAGGAUCCUUUACAAGAGAGCUAUGGCACUGUUAUCGGUAUCGAUUUGGGCACCACCUACUCCUGUGUGGGUGUGAUGCAAAAGGGAAAGGUCGAGAUCCUCGUCAACGACCAGGGACACAGAAUUACACCUUCAUACGUGGCAUUUACAGAUGAUGAGCGAUUGGUCGGAGACGCAGCAAAGAACCAGGCUGCCGCAAACCCAAAGAGAACAGUCUUCGAUGUUAAGCGUAUGAUCGGUCGCAAGUUUUCAGACAAGGAUGUUCAAGGUGACAUGAAGCAUUUCCCAUUCGAUGUUGUCCAAAAGGAUGGCAAGCCACACGUUAAGGUCGAUGUUCAAGGUUCCCCCAAGACCUUCACCCCAGAAGAGAUCUCGGCCAUGAUUCUUGGAAAGAUGAAGGAAGUCGCCGAAUCAUACCUCGGACACAAGGUUACCCACGCCGUUGUUACCGUCCCCGCCUACUUCAACGACAACCAGAGACAAGCCACCAAGGAUGCCGGUGUCAUUGCCGGUUUGAACGUCCUCCGUAUCGUCAACGAACCCACCGCCGCAGCUAUCGCUUACGGCCUUGACAAGACUGAGGGAGAGCGACAAAUCAUUGUCUACGAUCUCGGUGGAGGAACCUUCGAUGUUUCCCUCCUCUCUAUCGACCGUGGUGUUUUCGAGGUUCUUUCGACCGCUGGUGACACCCACUUGGGAGGAGAAGAUUUCGAUCAGAGAGUCAUCAACUACUUCGCCAAGAAGUACAACAAGGAUAACAACGUUGAUAUCACCAAGGACCUCAAGACCAUGGGUAAGCUGAAGCGUGAGGCUGAGAAGGCCAAGCGUACUCUUUCUUCCCAGAAGACUACCCGCAUCGAAAUCGAGGCUUUCCACAACGGCAACGACUUCUCUGAGACUCUUACCCGCGCCAAGUUCGAGGAAUUGAACAUUGAUCUCUUCCGCAAGACUCUCAAGCCAGUCGAGCAGGUUCUCAAGGACGCCAAGGUCAAGAAGAACGAGGUUGACGAUAUCGUAUUGGUCGGUGGAUCCACCCGUAUCCCCAAGGUCGUUGAGCUCAUCGAGGAGUACUUUGGAGGCAAGAAGGCCAGCAAGGGUAUCAACCCUGACGAGGCUGUUGCUUUCGGUGCCGCCGUUCAAGGUGGUGUUCUGUCUGGUGAGGAGGGUACCGAUGAGAUCGUUCUUAUGGACGUCAACCCAUUGACUCUCGGUAUCGAGACCACUGGAGGUGUCAUGACCAAGCUCAUUCCCCGUAACACCGUCAUCCCAACCCGCAAGUCUCAGAUCUUCUCUACCGCCGCCGAUAACCAGCCAGUAGUCUUGAUCCAGGUUUUCGAGGGAGAGCGAACUAUGACCAAGGAUAACAACCAACUCGGAAAGUUCGAGCUUACUGGUAUCCCAGCCGCUCCUCGUGGUGUUCCCCAAAUUGAAGUCAGCUUCGAGCUUGACGCCAACGGAAUCCUCAAGGUCUCCGCUUCCGAUAAGGGAACGGGCAAGUCUGAGUCCAUCACUAUCACCAACGACAAGGGACGUCUCACUCAAGAGGAGAUUGACCGCAUGGUUCAAGAGGCCGAGAAGUACGCCGAUGAGGACAAGGCUACCAAGGAGCGCAUCGAGGCCCGUAACGGACUUGAGAACUACGCUUUCAGCUUGAAGAACCAGGCCAAUGAUGAGGAGGGUCUCGGUGGCAAGAUUGAUGAGGAUGACAAGGAAACUCUUCUGGAAGCCGUCAAGGAAACCACCGACUGGCUAGAGGAGAACGGCGCCACCGCCAACGCCGAGGACUUCGAGGAGCAAAAGGAGAAACUGUCAAACAUUGCCUACCCCAUCACCAGCAAGUUGUAUGCUGGAGCCGGUGGCCCAGAGGGCGGCGAUGAUGAGCCAAGUUCCCACGAUGAGUUGUAG